AAUACGAGUGUGAAAAUCUCCAAUUUAAGUUUUUUCAAUAAAAAUAAAAGCGUUGAAUUUCAAGGAUAAAUAGUCCAGCAGCUCCCGCAAUUGUUUCCCCUGUUAUUGCAACUAACUUACAUUUCAAUUUUCUCUCUCCUCUCUGAAUUCUUGGUAGAAGAACCUCCAAAACAAGCCAAAACACAACCCAAAUUAAAUCCUUUAAUUAAAACUUGGAUUUGUAAUACAAGAAUGGCGAUCAAGACGAACGGAUUCGUAGACGGUUCGCUACCGGAAGAACUGAUGCAAAUAUUGGUGACAUUGGCAUCAACAUGGGAAGAUGUUAAUGACCCAAAUUACAUCCAAGUGAAGCGUUUAAGUGGUGCGAUGACUAAUGAAGUGUUUCAAAUAGUUUGGCCUAAUGAUAAAGAUGAUUUUCAUAGAAAAGUUUUGGUGAGAAUAUAUGGUGAAGGUGUUGAAGUCUUCUUCAAUCGAGACGAUGAAAUUCUUACCUUCGAGAACUUGUCACACCACGGUCAGGGCCCUCGCCUUCUAGGCCGAUUCUCCGAUGGCCGUGUUGAAGAGUUCCUCCAUGCCAGGACUUUGACAGCAGAUGAUCUCCGUGACCCUGAAAUAUCAGCACUGAUUGCUGCCAAGAUGAGAGAAUUCCACAGCCUUGAUAUGCCUGGCUCUAAAGCUGUUAUCUUGUGGAACAGGCUAAGGCGUUGGCUGAGGAAGGCAAAGAGUUUAUGCUCACUUGCAGACAUCAAGGAGUAUGGAUUAGAUAAUUUAGAUGAUGAAAUUCAGCUUCUGGAAAAGGAACUCACACACGAACACGAUGAUCAAGAGGUCGGAUUUUGCCACAAUGAUCUGCAGUAUGGCAACAUAAUGAUGGACGAAGAAACUAAAACCGUCACUCUAAUUGACUAUGAGUACUCGAGUUAUAAUCCUGUUGCCUAUGAUCUUGCUAAUCACUUUUCUGAAAUGGCUGCUAAUUAUCAUACUCAACAGCCUCAUAUUUUGGACUACACUAAAUACCCAGAUGAGAAUGAACGUCGAAGAUUCGUCAUUGCAUACUUGACCUCAACAGGUGAUGAGGUUUGUGACAGUGAAGUGGACAACUUGGUUGAAGAUGUUGAAAAAUACUCGCUAGCAAAUCAUCUCUUUUGGGGCUUGUGGGGCAUUAUCUCGGCUCAUGUGAAUAACAUCGACUUUGAUUACAAGGAGUAUGCGAGGCAGAGGUUCCAACAGUACUGGUUAAGGAAGCCUCAACUCCUCGGUCCCUUUGCAGUACGUGAUGAUUGCCAAAAUGGUUUUUGAAACCUCAAACUGGGAUUCACUUAUUAUUCUUGGUGUCUAAAGUUUUGUAAAUUUUGCGCUAUGAAACCGUGCUGUACUGAUCGAUCUUCAAAAUGCAUCCUUUUACUUAGCCUUUUUCUUUAAAUUGCAAACCAACAACUACUUUUUCCUUG